UUUGAAUCGGCGGCGGCCGUUGAGGGCGGGCGGAGGGAGGGAGGAUGGAGGUGGCCGCGCGGAGCUACGAGGCUCAGAUACGGAACUACCAGGGGACGGACCCGCUGGAGCCGUGGGACAGGUACAUGCAGUGGGUAGAGGGAUGUCUCCCCUUUCAAGAAAAGCAAACCCGCUUGCCUGGUCUCCUGGAGCAGCUGGUGAAGAUGUUCCUAAGUGAGAAGAGGUACCACCAAGAUCCCAGAUUUGUUAGCUACUGCGUUAAGCUGGCGCAGUUCAUCACUUCCCCUUGCCAGUACUUCGAUUACCUGCAUGGACAGGGAAUUGGUGCAAAGGUGUCUGGCUUCUAUGUUGCUUGGGCUCAGCAGCUUGUAAAUGAGGGCAAUGUGCAGUAUGCAGGAGCUGUCCUUCAAAAGGGACUUCACAACCAGGCGCAGCCCCGAGAGGACUUGCAACAGCUGUAUUGCUGGCUGCAGAAUUACGAUCCUCGGAAUCCUCCUUUGCAAGGUGCUGCUGUUGUAAAACCACUUCAAACUUCACAUGCUGCAAAUCAAAUGGCUCCUCAAAAAGAUGUUUCAAAUCUUAAUGACCCAGUGUAUGCUUGCAAAAAUCAGGGUCCUGAUUGUGCUGGUGCUCAGUCCUGGUUUUCUGGUGGAAGAGAAGAAGUAAAGUAUGUUACAUACAUCUCCAAAUCUGAAGUUCUUCCUAAGUUGUCAUCUGCUGUUGUCGAAUGUGAGCAGGUUGCAAUGUAUGAUAAAAACCUGCUCAUAUGUGAAGGCUCUGAACUUUCAUUUGAGGAGCUGAGGGCCAAGAGAUACUUCAAGAAAUAUGAGCGCCUCAGAAGACAGCAAGAAUGGGAAGAAGAAGAGAGAAACUCCAUAAGGAAAAAAGAGUCAGCGGUCCUUGAACUGCAAGCCCUGGAGCAGAAGCUGGAACAGCUCACCCAGCUCACCAAAAGCUUGGAGGAAACUAGACUGGAAAAGGCAUCUACAACAUCAGCUGAACCAAAUAAAACACUGAUGGAUGUGACACCCAGUGCAGCUCUACAGCAGAACUGGAUGGCAUCUCAUCAAAGUUCAGACCUGCAAAAUGUCCAAGGUCUGGUGCCAGGCCAGCCUCGAUCAAGUAUUGUAUCAUCCACUGGUCUUACACUGCAGUCAAUGAGACCUCUUGGCCACCAGAUGACACCAACCUCCCUGUGGGAAGCAACAGAUAAGAAGGAUGCAGUCAAAACUCAGCUACAGCUUGGAGAACUCCAGAACAGUUUGUUACACCCUCCAUUCAAUAAUGUUUCGGCUAGAGAAUGGGCACAUCCUGACUCAGCUCUUAAUUGGAGCACUGGAGAACAGCACUCUGUCAAGAGAUCCACUGGAGAAAAUACUUCCAUGGACAUGAAAGAAGCAUCUAGAGUUGGAAAUUCCUCCUUUGCUUCUGGAAAUGCUUCUCAAGUUACCCCAAACACCUCGCUGGGAGGAGCGAUGCAGGCAACACCAUUCAAAGUGCAGCCUUCACCUACAGUUCAUACAAAGGAAGCAUUGGGGUUCCUCAUGGAUAUGUUUCAAAUACCCAUCUUGCCUGGACUAUCUCCUCUUGAAGAAAGCAAGGAGCAAUUUGAAGUCUUUUGCAGAAAAAGUGAGCCUGAUGGAAGUCUGAAAGCUGCUGUUGCUGCUCCUGUCAUGCCUGCAUUUGCUAUCUUUGAAGAUGAGAAUGAAAAAGAGAACAGCGGGGUCCCACAGCAUAAAAACAAGCCAGAAGGGCCCAGAACUAUUGGAGAACGUCCCUUGACUGACUGCACAGCGGGUACAGAAGAAGAAACAGGGACACCUGAGUUCUUAAGGGAUGAUUAUACAGUGUGGAAUGUACCAAGUAAUAAUAAAACGUUAGCUCCCAGUCCAAACAACACCAGAGACUUUGCACGAGCUGCCCAGCUUGUAUCGACACCAUUUAAUUACCUGUCGGCACAUUCCCGACAGGCUUUGGAGGACAAAGCCUGUGGGGAUGGCUUGCCACAAAUGGAUUUGGAGUUUUCUGGAGAACUGCACAAGCAGACAAAAACUAAGAAGCUAAGCCCUGCCCUGGAACAUGUUGCAGAACAAGGAGAGCUUCAAGACAGGACAGCCUGGGGUGUUAGAGCUACAGUCCUUGUUGAAAACCCUUGGGAUAAGGAACUGAUUUGCAGGUUCUUAUCAGAGCUUCCAAAGCCACUUCACACCUAUGCCAACUACUUUGAAUGGACAUCUACUCUUCCAUCCAUCAUACCGAAGGCUGAACUGCCACUGGGUUCCAAUUCAUUCCAUGUGGACUGCUUGGUUGGAGAGGGAGCUUUUGCUCAAGUCUAUCAGGCUUCCAUUCUGGAUGCAAGUAAUCCUAGAAACAAUCAGAAAGUAAUAUUUAAGGUCCAGAAGCCUGCCAACCCCUGGGAGUUCUAUAUAGCGACGCAACUGGUAGAAAGGCUCAAUCCAAGUAUACACCAUCUCUACAUCCACUUCUAUUCUGCUCAUUUCUUCCAAAAUGGAAGCAUUUUUGUUGGUGAGCUCUACAACUAUGGAACAUUGCUGAAUGCCAUAAAUAUUUACAAAAAGCUUCCUGAGAAGGUGAUGCCUCAAGCACUUGUAAUCUACUUUGCUGUAAAAAUUCUUUAUAUGGUGGAAGAGCUCCACAGCUGUAAAAUCAUUCAUGGUGACAUUAAGCCUGACAAUUUCCUACUUGGAGAAAGGUUUCUGGACAAUGAUACAUGUGACAUAGAUGGUCUCUCUCAUGGCUUGACGCUCAUUGACUUGGGACAGAGUAUAGAUAUGAAACUAUUUCCUGAAGGAACUGCAUUUACUGCAAAGUGUGAAACAUCUGGAUUCCAGUGUAUUGAAAUGCUGACGCAGAAACCAUGGAACUACCAGACUGACUACUUUGGCAUUGCAGCAACGGUCUACUGCAUGCUCUUUGGUACGUACAUGCAAGUGAAGAAUGAAAACGGUGUCUGGAAGCCUGAGAGAAACUUCAGAAGGCUUGCCAAUGCUGACCUGUGGAAGGAGUUCUUUGAGAGCAUGCUGAACAUCCCCAACUGCCACAGCCUGCCUUCCCUAGGAGUUCUGCGCAAAAGACUGAAAGACUUAUUUUGCAAGUCAUAUGCAAAGGAAAUAAAGUUCCUUCGGAACAGACUUGUUGUGUUACUCAUAGAACACAAACGGUCACGAAAAUAAGCAUUUCGUUUGCAUCGUUACUGAGGACUGGCGUUUUAUUGAUGUGAAAUCUUUUUGUAUGAACGUGUUAUAAAAAUAAAUUUUAUUAGGGUUGACUUCAGGAAUGAUAA